AUGGCCGCCGCCGCUGCCCGCCCGUUGCUGCUGCGCUCCGCCGCCCGCCGGGCACCCCUCGGCACCACCACAUUCUCGCGGUCCUUGUCGGCCUCGCCCGCCGUCUUCCGUCCCGCGGCACCAACACCACCACCACCAGGAGGUGCUGCCACCAACACACACGAUACGCCCCUGCGGACAACACACUUUGGCUUCGAGGAUGGCGUCACAGAAGCAGACAAGACCGAGAGGGUCGCGGGCGUCUUCCACAGCGUCGCCGACUCGUACGACCGCAUGAACGAUCUCAUGUCCUUUGGCUGGCACCGGAUAUGGAAAGACCACUUCGUCUCCUCCCUCAACCCGGGCGCCUCGUCCUCAAACCCCCCUUCCGCCCAGCGCAUCCUCGACAUUGCCGGCGGCACCGGCGACAUUGCCUUCCGCAUGCUGCACCAGGCCCACGUCGUCAACCACAACCCGGACGUCCAUGUCACAAUCUCCGACAUCAACGCCUCCAUGCUCGCCGUGGGAGCCUCGCGCUCAAAGUCCCUCCCGGCCUCCCAGCAGGCCAACCUCUCCUUCCUCGAGGCCGACGCCACCAGCCUGCCCCCUUCCGCCAUCCCGGACAGCUCGAUAGACCUCUACACCGUGGCCUUUGGCAUCCGCAACUUUGCCAACAUCCCCCAGGCCCUGCGCGAGGCCCACCGCGUCCUCAAGCCCGGCGGCAUCUUUGCCUGCCUCGAGUUCAGCAAGGUCGGCAACCCCAUCUUCGACGCCGUCUACAAGCGCUGGAGCUUCGGCGCCAUCCCCCUGAUUGGCCAGCUCGUCACCGGCGACCGCGACAGCUACCAGUACCUCGUCGAGAGCAUCGAGCGGUUCCCCAGCCAGGACGAGUUCCGCGACAUGAUCAAGGACGCCGGCUUCGUGGUCGGCGGCAAAGGCUACGAGGAUCUCACGGGUGGCAUCGCUGCUAUCCACAAGGGCAUGAAGCCGUUGGACGCCAAGUAG